UCUCACCCUUCCCUCAAUCAUCAUCUUUGUAUCCUCUGUUUUUCUUCUUUUUCUAUCCUCUGUUUUCUUUCUAAUGACCCCUCCCAUUACACACACUCACACAACAGAAAGAACAGUGCACUCACUCGCCAUCAUCACCUCGUGCUCCCUCUAUCCCUCUCCGAGUUACAUACAUAACGUGCAAAAAGAAAUGAAAUUCUUUUCUCAACAUGGGCUUUUCUACAAGGAUCUUCGAAAACCUUGCAAGCCCUAGACAGAUACGUGUGGUGGGUCCAGAUCUUAGCAGUCUUUUAAGUGCUUGGGAUAUACACACACUUAAGAUGUGUACACCUCUCUGCUCCUCUUUCUGGUCUUUCUUGUGGUUUUUUUUUUAUGCUGAUCUGAAACUAUCUCCUCCUGUAGAAUCCGAUUCAUUUGUAUCAACUGAUCUUAAGGGUAGUUUCUUUCAGAGCUCCAUCCUUGUUAUUUCCCCCAACGAGGAGCUUAAUGGAACCAACGACUGUUGAUUUCCAUGCGACUCUGUGUCAUUUUAAUCUUCUGGGGAGUUAUGAUAACGUUGGAUUUUUAAUUAUAACAAUGUAUGGAUUACGAGGGGGGAUUGAUUCCCGAGGGACCAGCAUGGCAAGAUCAUUGCACAGGGAUAUUUGCUUUGUGGCUUCCAAUUGUCAAAUGGCUUAGAGCACUCCAUGUCAAAAAAGAGAGAGAGAUUGUGAUGUGAUCAUGCGGGGCAAAUCAUCCUUAGAAUUCGCCCACACUGUCUCUCUGCGCACCCAAAAGCGCACCCAUUUCGAAAGAUUUUCUUCUUCUUCCUUUGCCCCAACCUAAUCAUUACCCUUUUUGAUUUUCCCAUGCCACCCCCAUCUCUUCUUAUACUGAGCCCCCCUCUCAUGCAAUCCUUCAACAUAAACACCCCCUCUCUCUUUCUCUAUCUCUAUCUCUGGUGUGAGUUAGCUAAGUGAAGUUAUCUGCUCAAGAACGCAUACAGAAAUCAAUGGGCGACAUCUCUGUUUCUGAUGGGAUUAGCAAUGGCAAUGGUGUCAACGGUAAGAACCAUUCUCUUAAUGGCUAUAGGAAGAGCUGCUGGUAUGAAGAAGAGAUUGAAGAGAACUUGAGAUGGUGCUUUGCCCUCAAUAGCAUCUUGCAUACAGGAGCUUCUCAGUUCCAGGAUAUUGCACUGUUGGACACUAAACCAUUUGGAAAGGCUCUGGUGAUUGAUGGGAAGCUUCAAAGUGCAGAGACAGAUGAGUUCAUCUAUCAUGAAUCUCUGGUUCAUCCUGCUCUUCUUUAUCAUCCAAACCCAAAGACUCUGUUCAUCAUGGGUGGCGGUGAAGGUUCCACAGCAAGAGAGAUCCUAAGACACAGAACUGUAGAGAAAGUUUCUAUGUGCGACAUUGAUGAGGAAGUGGUGGACUUCUGCAGGUCAUACUUAGUAGUCAAUAGGGAGGCAUUCUGUGACCCUAGACUUGAGCUGAUCAUCAAUGACGCGAGGGCCGAGCUAGAAAGCCGGAAAGAGUGCUUCGAUGUGAUCAUAGGCGACCUCGCCGACCCCAUAGAGGGAGGCCCUUGCUAUAAGCUCUACACUAAAUCGUUCUACGAGUACACGGUGAAACCCCGGCUCACUCGCAAUGGCAUUUUCGUCACCCAGGCGGGGCCGGCUGGGAUUUUCAGCCACACUGAAGUGUUCUCUUGCAUUUACAACACUUUGAAGCAGGUCUUCAAAUAUGUUGUGCCCUAUUCAGCUCACAUUCCCUCAUUUGCUGAUACAUGGGGUUGGGUCAUGGCAUCGGAUGUGCCAUUCUGCUUGAGCGCUGAAGAGUUCGACCUCAGAAUGAAGCAGAGGAUCAAAGGAGAAAACCGAUACCUCGACGGGAAGACGUUCGCCUCGGCCUCGACCCUGAGCAAAGCUGUCCGGACAUCAUUGGAGAAUGAGACUCAAGUGUACACUGAAGGAGCAGCAAGGUUCAUAUAUGGCCAUGGCAGACAAAAUCAAGAUUGAAAGAAACUGAAAUGAAGGGAGCCCCCCAAAGAACACAAGUAACACAGAAAAGCUCGCAAGUGGAAAUUACAGUCAUUUUAAACUUUCUUUCUUUCUUUCUUUUUACCUUUUAUGGGUUCUUGGUUGUAGCUUCUGGUGUUGUAUGUCUUUCUUAUGUAAUCUCUGCUUUUGGCUCACUUUGAAGCUUUCGUAUAAUGGCAAAAGGAUGAUGAUGGGUUGUCCUAG